AUGGGGUCGUUGGCCUCGUUCAUAAGACAACAGAUGUGGAUAUGGCUGUCUGGAAGUGGCCCAGAUUGGCUGCUUCUGACGAUCAAGGCGGUUGCUGGAUCUGCCUAUCAAGAUCUUGCUGAGAAGUGUGAUUGGGCUUCAUCUGCUGACCGAGGGUCCGAGAAGCUGGCUACACUCCGGCUUUGCCUUCGCCAUGGUAGCUGGAUGGCGAUGCUAAUACUGAUAAGGCUGAAGCUGGUAUUGGACUUGGAGCUGGAGGUGGAGAAGCUGACGUCUGAUUUCCAGCUGACGCUUGGCCUGUGUGGCAGAGCAGUAGCUGCGCAAAACUUUCCCCAAAAGUUCCAGACCACGUCUCUCUUGCCCGUCAUGACUGGAUCCUCAUCAGUAUCUCUACUUCAACAAGUGCAUGGUCCUGGGAAUGUGACUGUGAUCAAACCGAUAAUUUCUCUGGGCGGAGGCGGGAUAUGGUAUUUCACGCUUCGAGCUGCUCGACAUGAGCAAUCAAACCAGCGUAUUGUUUCCGCGAGCCUCAGGGAUGGGUUAAAGCGACAGUACCGCGAUCAGCAAAGGGCUGAUAUAUUUUCCACAUUGACCAUCAGCUCCAUUUCCAAGAAGGACGAUUGUCCAGAUACCGCAGCAAUGUCGGCAGACCCGUACUUCGCAAUGGAUGAACAGGCCUUGGUCCUAGGUCUCACACGUUUAGGACACUUCGCGCUAUGUCCUCGAUCAAUGCCCUCUUAUCUAGCACUGGCGUACCGGUCCGCACCACCUCAGCAGAUCAUCAACCACUACUGUGCUCCACCUAAUACUUCCCAGCCUGCACCGUCUGCCAUUCACGAGACUGUUGUGCUGAUGGUGAAGCCGGGCUUCAGAAACUCCGCACAUCGCGCGAGCGUAGAGAGCCAAGAAAAAGCACAAUCACUGGGUAGGUUCAGACGGAGAAAGCUCCAGGAAGACCGAGGCUACCACAAUGGGCCAAACCACGGGCAGAGUGCGCAAUUUCCGAUGAAUCGGCGUCAACGGAGUCUGCUCUGUCCCAGCAAGGAGCGAAGCAGAGGACAGGGACAGGACCACAUGAGCGGAGUGCUGCAAAUGCCCAAGACAAUUCAGGGCCAGCCGGUUCAAGUAGCAUUGGAGCUGCUCAAAACAGCGUCCAACUCGGCUGGAUGCAGCAGGGAAGAAGAUUCGCAAGAGCUAAAAGCCAUGGGCGAGGAUCCAGACAACGCUGACCAUUGCUCCGCCGACGCUGGUAGUGACUUCUCCGGCAACACCUCCUACAUCAACACCAUUCGCCCAUCGCGAGAGUAUGGGCAGGAGAGCAGAGUCUGGUAUAGAAGAGAUUUCGGGUUGGGCUCCAAGGCCAUAGGUACUCUCCUUCCAGGAACAGUGGAAGACGCAGCAGAUAGGAUUAGCCUCCAACCAGCCUCCUCAGAUCAGCAUCCACAGGGUCUGGGGCUGUCAAUGCUCGACUCCAACUGUAGCAAGGCAGAGGAUAGAUACCGUCAGACAAAGAAAGCGGAUGACUACCUGCCAGGGCACCAUACGCCACGAGCACAAGGAGGAGCAGGUGUAUCGAUUCCAGCCGACGAAUUGCGCGCAUAUGAUUUGGAGGAGUAG